AUGAUGACGACGUGCCGUCUGCUGUGCGCCCUGUUGGUGCUUGCCCUGUGCUGCUGCCCGUCCGUUUGCGCGUUAGUGGAACCGGAGCCUAAAGUUGAUGUUCAAGCUUCCCAGACGACCACGACGAAUACAACACAGCCACCAACUGCUAAGCCGGUUGAAGCUAUUGUAGGCGCCCCCAGUCAAUCGACCCUUGCAACAGGGGGAGCAUCACAGGAGACCGGUCAUUCAGAUCCUUCAACAACGGGGCCCGUUGCAAGUCCGGGAGAUGAUGGCAGAGAGGGAUCAGGAUCUACCAGUACGGCAGUUCUGGAACCAAAAGUAAGUACCGAACCAAAUAAAUCACUGACAGAGGGCACGAACGGUAUGACAGGACAACAAAGUCGCACCGAAACAUCCGCAGAAGAAAAAAAUAAGGAGUCUGAAGCCUCUGCUCAGACAACCACCACGACCACCACAACACAGGCACCAACCACGACGACCACUACUGCGCCAGAGGCACCAAGUACUACGACUACAGAGGCGCCAGCUGUGUCGACCACCCGCGCACCGUCACGUCUGCGCGAAAUCGACGGCAGCCUCAGCAGCUCUGCGUGGGUGUGUGCCCCGCUGGUGCUCGCCGUAUCCGCGCUGGCGUACACCACUCUGGACUGA